AACAUGGACGGUGAACGACCUCAUAUGGUCAUUGGCGUUGACCUGGGGAUGACUUGCACGGGAGUCGCAUACACAAAUUUUUCUAUAGGUAGUUCGACAGUCCGAUGGGUACAAAAAUGGCCCGGUCGCAUGCAAGCCAACGAGAACAAGGUUCCCACGGUGGUUGUCUAUCCAAACGAUGACCCGAAACCCUCCUCUUGGGGCUUCGCCUCGGAAGCUGCCACAGAAAAUAACGCGAUCGACAAAGAAUACAAAGAGUGGUUCAAGACAAAUCUGGAUCCCAUUCAUUUGGCCAAAGAACAGCACAGAGACCCGGAGAAUGCACCUCAUAGCAUGAAGGAGGUAGAAAAAUGGUAUGAGGAUUAUCUAAGGAAGAUGUAUGAUUAUUUGUCCUACAAAUUGGGUCUUGAGUUGAGUGGCACGACUUGGGAUCAAGCGCGCGUCGAAUUUAUCUUCUCUGUACCUACGACAUGGCCUACUAUUCCCGUGGUAGAAAGAUUCCGCCAACUGGUCCUUGCAGCUGGCUUUGGAUCUAUACCAUCCCAUACAGUCUCCAUCGGACUCACCGAAGCUGAAGCAGCGGCUGUUCACAUAUCUACUGAAGCGCCUGGCAUCUUCAAGCCCAACGAUAUCCUACUCGUCUGCGAUGCAGGAGGUGGCACGACCGAUCUUUCUGUUCUGCGAAUAUCCCCAUUCUCCAACGAGCAAGAUAUGCAAUUACAACAGCUAGAUGUUGUUUUCGGUGAUGCGAUUGGCUCCGCGACCAUAGAUUGGGAGUUCGAAAACGCCAUAUCGGAGCGCCUGGAACGUGCCAAUGAAACAGAGCCUCUCGGCAUUGACUUCACGAACGCUGGCUAUGAGAUGACAAAGUCCAGAGACUUUCAAGCUGUCAAGUGCGAGUACGGCGCUCCGGACGAUACCCCCAUCUUCUCUGUCGCUGUCCCACGUUUGCCAUAUUCGUACAACCACAAGGACCCCGACAUUGGUAUUCGAGGGGGAGAAAUGACGUUUAGGCGAGAGGACCUCCAACGAGUCUUCGACGAUCAGAUCAAGAAGCUGAUCAAACUCAUCGACACGCAGUUCCUCAAGCUCGAUAUCAGAUACCCGGGAGAGCAGGUACGCCAUCUGGUGCUAAGCGGCGGCCUCGGCAAUAGCGCUUACGUUCAACAACGUCUCCGGGAAACAUACUCAUCCUCAUCUCUCCCUAACGCACAGAAUGUGUCACUUCGGAUCUCCCCUGAUCCGCAACUCGCUGUUUGUAAAGGCAUCGUGGGUGAUCGGGUCCGCAAAAUCCUCACCUCCCAGUCCGUUCUCAGCACCCGGUGUUGUCGGUCAAGCUACGGCACAGUUUGCAAAGUCCGCUUCGACAAAUAUAAUCCGGAACACAUUGGUAAAGAACAAUAUCAAGAUCCACACGAUCGCAAGUGGUAUCUCGUGGAUGCCAUAGCGUGGUUCGUCAAGAAGGGCCAUCCGGUCAUCGUUGACGAACCUAUCAGUCAUCACUUCAAUAAGAAAUUAGCUCCUGGAGAUCCCAAUCGAGCCUUCGCAACCGACGUCAUAGAGAGUUCACUAGACGCCGAAAAGCUCCCGAUUGUAAUGAAUAAGGAUACCCACGUUCUUUGUGCAAUCUCUUCCGACCUCUCUACUCUUGCCACAUCGCGAUUCGAACAGCGCAAGAAACAUUUCUGGUCGUCGGGGAAACCCUACCUACAGAUCUCGUACGAAAUCCGUGUGCUCGUCGGCCCGGCAGACCUCCGGUUCGAGUUAUGGUUCGAAAAUGAGAAACUCUCAAAGGACACAAGUAUCAGUGUUCAAUGGAUGCCUGCUCCCAACAGCACGGCUGAUUCCUCUGUUGAUGUGGGUGCGGGUGCGAACGGAAAAGCGGAAUUGGCCGGCGUGACCGCAAUCACCAGCGCUACCGGCGGAUUGGUUGAAGCGGGAGGUAAAGAAAUUGGUCGUGGCAAGACGGAAGGAAAGCCCGUGGAAGAUGAAGGUAAGAAAAAGAAGGGGAAGAAGUAUACAUUGAAGAUGGGGAGGAUAGGACGGUGAGAGUCACUCGCAAGUAUCGUUUUUUCUCUGGAGGGUAUGGCGUUAUUAGCAUUGUCAAUUUCGAAUUCACAGGCUGUAAGAUAUAAGGUAGUAGCGGUAGUGUUAGUUCAAGAGUUGAGUAAAUUAUACCUCUUUAUCGCCCGUGUCCCGGUCAGUGUGGAGAGCAACUUGGCAUUCUAAAACUACGGAAACUUCUAGGGAAAUGACAUCCAAGAGAAAGGCUGAAAAUACAGAAGAGAUUCUGACAUGGAGGGGAGGUAUAAGACAAAAGAAAUCAAUAACAUUCGACAUGUUUCCCUUUUUUUUGGCCCUACUUUUGAAAAAAAUGGAGGGCAAAAAUGCAAACACACAUUGCGCCACAUCCUAGCUUUCUCCAAGCAUGUGAUAAAUUGAUCGAUCCGAGUAUCCGGUACUAGGUUUCGUAGUCCCUGCGAUUUUUGGUCAACAGGGACAUCUGAGAUGCUCUCAUGAUCUCCCCUUCAGUCAGCUGUCUGCACAUGAACUUAUAUUUGUUGUUCUGAAUUGAAGACAAAAUGUCCAUCUGCAAAUUUGUAUACAGACAGCGGUUAGUCCAUUCUGCAGAAUCACUGCCGCCUUUUGCCUCCUCAACUCUCAUACGUUCCCGAUGCUCCUCAAGCUUUGCAUAAUCUUUGUACACCCCCUUCGCAUUCCAGAAUUCUCCGAGCUUCAAGUAAAGGCUGUUGAUCAUUUUGAUGUCUUUUUUUGUGGCGAAUGGCUGUUCUCUGUUCGGAAGCUGGCCGUUGUGGUAGUUUUUGAGUAGCCAUUCUUCCACGUUCUGGCUGUCGUCGUGCGCGUGAAAUUCCGUGUAAAGGAGAUCGAUCCACUCAGAUACCGAACCCGGGAAGACGGGGUAUUCGCUAAGUUCCUUGACCCGCACUGGCUGUGUGGCUGUAGUAUUCUGGGGGGAUGAUUCCUGGGUAGCUCGGUCCUCCUCUGGGACAUGUGGGUCUUGGUGAGGGUAUGACAUCUCGAUUCUAUGGUUGAGAAGAUGUGCGAUGAUUGUUUUUCCAGCAAGAUAUGAGACU